GUCUACUGCUAUCUAUACGUUCCCCACAUGGACUAGGAGACUCAUGCGCAGCCCCCCCAUGAACCGCCCCCUCGGCCCUGUCGACGGAUUCCAGAACCCCGCCACUGCGACCGAGGGAUCAUGAACACGAGCCCACCAAGCAAUCUGCCCGGCUACGGUCAGACAAAUGGAAGCCCGGGAUCCCAGUUGCAGAUCAGCUACGAUGGCGCUCCUGCUUCGGGGUCCUCCUCUUCCUCCGUGCUCAGGGCCGCGAAAGGUGGGGGUCGUCAGAUCACCCGCAAUCGCGCCAGCUACAGCUGUCAUACCUGCCGGAGGCGGAAGGUCAAAUGUGACAAGGUACACCCGAUAUGCGGCAACUGCGUGAAAAACGGAACGGAAUGCGUCUACGAUGUGGCGCCACAAAAGACGGAAGAGUCGCGUUCGGAUCAGCCCAAAAAUGGACAUGGUGUGAAGCGGAGGAGGCAGUCGUCGCGACCACUGGAGGAGGAUAUCGAUGAUAUACAGUCUAUCUACGGCCAUUUGAAGCAGACCGGGGCUUCGGAGCAGAGGUCGCAAGCGAUUGAGGCGCGGUUGGAUAAACUCACGUCGAUGAUUGAGAGGCUUAGCAAGACCAACCAGCCUUUAGAUCCAAAGGAGAAGCAGAUCCUCGCGCAGAAUGCCAAUCUCGAGCCGCCAAAAUCGGAUACGCGUUUGGGUAGAGGUCCGACCUUGAAGCCCCCCGGGGGUGGUUCUCGCCCAGAGAGCCCGCGUCGCGCGGCUGAUUCGAGUGGCGACGAGUUUCCCAUUCCUGCCGGCCACGCUACUGACUUGGUGGAUCCGGUGGGGAGCUUGAAUCUGGGCCAUCUCAGCUUGGAGGAUGGAGGGAGGUCGAGAUAUGUGGGGACCACUUAUUGGGCUUAUAUUUCCCAUGAGAUAAACGAACUCAAUCAGCUUCUCAGGGAUCAGAACCGUUCCCAUAAUGAGGCGCCCGCCAAUGAGAGCUCCGCUGACGAGGUCAUGUCGGAACCCAUGGCAACCGCUCCAAACCGCCACUGGAAGACAUCAAUUGAUAGCACGAGUGAAGCUGCCGAGGAAAGUCUUACCAAAGGCCAAUCAUUUCAGAAGUCUGUACUGUUUCCGUCAGGUGAAUCGCCUUCUGUCAUUGACAAGGUCGUUGUACCGGAAAUGCUUGAGCAUAUGCCGACCAAACGCCAGAGUCAUAUACUUUACAAAGGGUUCAUGUCAGGGAUACAUGCGAUUACUCCAGUGAUUCAUCCACCGACAAUCCUUAGGCUUUAUAAUGCCUUUUGGAAUUGGUAUGACUCCAGUAGCUACUCAGGGGAGUUCUGCCCCGAUCCGUCUUUUAUCCCGUUGCUCUAUGCGAUCUGGUUUGGUGGGUCCGUCACAAUUUCAAUACGGACCAUCAAAUCUGAAUUCAACCUCUCAUCUCGCUCGGGAUUGUCGAAAACAUACAACGAGGAGGUCACGCGCUGGCUGUCUAAGAUAUCCUUUCCUCGGAGCCCGUCCCUGCAGGGAUUGGCUGCAUAUCUCAUAGUGCAGACGAUUCUCUCGAAGGAAGAAGAGCCUUUAACAAGCAGUCUAUUCAUCAGCCUCGCCAUGCGGGUUGCACAGACGAUGGGUCUGCAUCGAGAUCCUGCCAAAUUCGGAAUUUGUCCCUCUGACGCGGAGUAUCGCCGUCGAAUCUGGUGGCAUAUUGUGCAUAUGGAUGGGGUUGUUUCCAUGUCCAGCGGUCUCCCCCCUUUGGUCAGUGACGAGAACUAUUGGGACGUCCGUGAGACGAGUGAGGUGAAAGACACGAUUCUUGGUAGUCCUAGUGCUGAAAAGUAUGAGAGGCUUGUCAUGACUGGCAUGAGGCCCCCGGACAAUCCUGACGACCCUACUAUAUGUGGAGGACCUUCCAUGGUGAAUGUAUAUUACUUGUCGGCUCGGGGCAAGUAUACGAUGGCCCGCGCCGUCCGCCGGAUCAUGAAAAUCCAACUGGGCACGAAACCGGUAACCCGAAGGGAUAUGGAGGAGCUAAGAUCGAUCUUGGUUGAUCUUCAAUACAAGUUAAACUCGAUCAUCAACCGGAUCCCGGAAGUCAGGUCUUUUGAUGCAUCCUCUGCAUCAUCUACGAGAUCAUGGUCGUUACCUUCUCAGAGUGAGGCCCACAGCGAUACAGAACUUCCGGGAGAUGGGCCAAAUGGGUGCUCAGAGCAGUAUCAUUCCCCUGUCCUUGUGUCAUUUCACAAGUGGGCGAGGAUAGUAAUGUCUCUCUUUAUUGAUAAGGCUUUCUGUGUUGCCUAUCAGCCGUUCCUCAAGAACGCCAAAAGUCGGAUCUGGCCGGUUGCCAGACAAAGUGCCCUGCGACAUUGUCAUGGGUUCAUGGAGAAAUUCGUCGCUCUUGCAACCGACCCGGAAUUCCAGCCGUUCCAAUGGAGCUGGCCUGGUAACCAUCAACCGAUGCAUGCGACAAUGAUCAUGCUUAUUGACCUCUACGAGCGACCCUAUAGCCCUGAGGCUUCCAAAUCACGGGCCUAUAUCGACAGAAUAUUCUCCCUCACCGGGCCUGAUGGUGGGGUGGUUGGUGGCGAAGACGGCGUCUCGACCCAGCGACCCCUGAAAGACGGAGGCCGCGAAGCAUGGGACAUGAUUCGCCGACUGCGCCAGAAAGCAUGGCAGAGAGCCGGUCUCGAUCCGCAUCGACUGUGGUCUGAACAGGCGCAGAUCCAAGCGGGUGUGACUUCUGUUCCCGACGACCCCUGCUACUCCAGUAACACCUCAGUCGCAGGAUCACCAACCGCCUAUGCCCCAGCAACCUCCCGACGCCAGAUAACGGACUUCUCCAAGGUGUUCUACAACAUGACUCGGUCUCAUCUCCUUCCCAACCCCACAAACAACAACCUACGUCCCAGCCCUCUGCGUUACCAACUCCCCCCUCCAGCCACCGCCUCCACGCAAGCACAAGCACAAGCACAAGCACAAGCACCCCCCAAGUCCCUCAUCCACAAUUCCCACUCUCCCCAACAGCAGCAGCACUCUCCCCACCUCUCAAGCAAGAACCCUCUCCCCUCCCCGGUUCACCCAUUCCCUCACCCGAAAGCAUGCCCCCGCUCAACGCCCCCCCCCGCCCCCCCUUCCUUCAUGGACGUCGCCGUCUCCCCCAAUACCCAGCCCAUGCCGGGCGUCCCCACCCCGCCGUCGAUGGUGGACCCGAACCUAAACUUCGAUUGGGACCAGUGGGACGCCGUCUUCGGCCAGCAUCUGCCUGUCGCGGACGAACUGAUGGAACUCGACCCCGUCACGGGCCUCGAGUUCGGGGAUCUGGGCAGUACGAGACUUCCCGGCGCGAGACGCACCGCUAGUCUAGUGGGGAGCGAGGCUGGGAUGAGCGAGGCUCAUGGUCCCGAUUGGGUGGGGUAUUGUUGAUUCGUUCCUUUCUAGCCUACAUGUCUCUAAUAUUCACUACUACCCCGUUUGUGGAGAUCUAUUUUUCGAAACCGUUUUUUUCUUUUCUUUGUGACAGACGGCGUUUGGGGGGUUGUUUGGUUGGUUCAUUGGUUGGUUGGGUUUAGCGGAUAUAUCCAUAUUGGUAUAUAGUUAUUGUUUAUUUG